AUGAGGUUAACAGUUGGAAGUUCAGCAUCGGACGCUGAAGAAAUAAAACAAUUUGCAAAAUGGCUUUUGGAUAUAGGUGAGGGAAAUGUUGGUGGUCUAAAUGAUGGAGAAGCAUCAAUUGAAAUACCAAGCGACCUUCUGAUCACUGAUACAUCGGACCCCAUUUCAACUUUAAUUGAUUUUGUGUAUCCUUCAAUUCUUGAAAACUUCAACAAUCAAAAUUAUUUCAGCGAAGAACGAGAAUAUCUUAGUUCAGACAGUCUUUGUCAGUCUGAAAAUCCAAACGCUACACAACAAAAACUAUACUCUCCUGAUGUGCUUAACGGUCUUAAAGUAUCCGGCUUACCUAAUCAUAGGCUAGCACUAAAAGUAGGCGUGCCGGUGAUGCUAUUACGUAACAUUGACCAACAAAAUGGUCUUUGCAAUGGUACACGACUACAAGUCAAAAAAAUGUAUAACCAUGUAAUAGAAGCCGAGAUAAUAUCCGGAGGGAACAUAGGCACUCGCACUUAUAUACCAAGGAUUAGUUUGAUACCUUCUGAUAAAAAAAUUCCUUUUGAGUUUCAAAGGAGACAAUUUCCGUUGGCUGUUUGUUUCGCAAUGACUAUUAACAAGAGUCAGGGACAAUCACUGUCUAGAGUUGGUCUGUAUCUGAAACAGCAAGUUUUCACCCAUGGUCAGCUGUAUGUUGCUUUAUCGAGAGUUAAAACCAGACAAGGAGUUAAACUUCUGAUUUUGGACAAUGACGGCAAACCUACUAAUAAAACGACAAAUGUAGUUUACAAAGAAGUAUUUCGUGACUUGUGA